AUGGGCAUCACAGAACAAGACCGAGGCUACCUACGACAGUGCAUCGAGCUUGCCCGCGAAGCUCUCGACGCCGGCGAUGCUCCCUUCGGUUCCGUUCUCGUUGACAGCGCCGGCCGGAUCCGAUACACAGAUCGCAACAAGGUCAAGACCAAGGCAGAUGUCACUUGGCACCCCGAGUUCACCAUUGUGCUGUGGGCUCAAACGCACAUGACGGAGGAGGAGCGGGCGACGUCCACGGUGUACACCUCCGGAGAACACUGCCAGAUGUGUUCGACUGCUCAUGGAUAUGCCGGUCUGGGUCGGAUCGUAUUUGCGUCGUCCACAGCUCAAUACAUGCAGUGGUUGGGCGAGUUGGGCGUCGGGUCGCGUCGUGUGAGGAGCAUCCCCAUCAAGGAGGUGGUUCCCGACUUAGAGGUAGAUGGUCCAGAUCCUGAGCUAGCCGCUGAGGUCCGGAAGCUCCACGAAAAGAGGUUCAAAGCGAUGGUGUCGGCGACGGCUGAGGACAUUUCGGAGGAGGUUGAGGGAGGUGGAGGGAGGUUGGAGUAG